AUGGAGCGGCUAACGUACACUAGGGAGGAGCUUCUCGCGCUGCGUGAGACACUGGCACUGGACGCGUUUGCAGACCCCGUGCCGCCGGACUGUCCGAUGCGCACCGACAGCGACCUGACACUGCUCCAGACAACCGUGCGGAAGCGUAAGAAGGAGUAUCCGCAGCUGCUGCCAGUGCUGCGAAGACCGGCUGCUGAUACCGGGGCUGUCGGGGAAGCUGGCUGCUUGACACAUGUUGACAACCUCCGUGCGGGAGUAGGCGCGUUAUCCAUCACGAUGGAUAACCCAAAUAGGGCUGAGGAAUACGCCGAUCCCGAGGAACGCGGGAAGAGGGUUUUGAUGCCGCCGCGGCUCCAGAUACCCUUCGUUACCAUCGAUGCCAAGCGCAGAAGUCGAAAUAUUGCUGGUGUAGAUCACGAGGAGAGGACUGAGGUGAACGUCGAUGCGGAGCGGAGGAUGGUGGCUCGGCUGCGUUUGCGACAGCAAAAACGGCAGGCGGAGCAGCCGCUGAGUAGCUUAGUCGCGGGGCCGCCACGACACGCGGGGGGCCCUGCAGGUGGUGUGGCAAGCGCCACGCCACCACCCACGGCGGCGGACGUCGCCUCGCACGGCAGUUGCGUUAGGGCCGCGGAGCUGGCGGGGUUGGGAACCAGCGCACUACCGCACCCGGAGACUGACACCGCCGUGCCCAUCUUGAACUUCUCGCUUUUCAAUUCCGCGAUCGGGAGCCGCUACUUGCAGUUCGCACGUUACGUGGGCCUCUGGCACUACCUCUUUGGGGCGCUGGGGCCAAGCCACCCACAUCUCUUUGGCCACGCAGCGGGGGCGAAGCUGCGGGGCGGCGACACCAACAACAGCACCACCAGCCGCAGCCCCAACGGGAACGAGAGUUCAAUCGGACUAGACGACUCCGGCACGACGCCUGCCGGAGGGGAGAAGAGUGACAGUGAGCCUGUGGCGGCGUCGCAGGAGAGUUAUGCGGCUUUGAAGAAGAAGCGACCGCAUCGGAGACGGACAAAUCGGACGCACGCGGAAAAGCGGGAGCACCGUCAAGCUCAGCAGCUUCUUUUAGAGCAGGCAGGCAGUGGUGGGUGUAGCAGAUGA